AUGUCAUAUGAAAAGGAACUGUUUAAACUAGACCAGCCCCAUGGAGAUGGUGAAAUUUAUUUUGCCUGGCAGAAAGGCAGUGGGCUAUAUUUAGCAACGGUUGGAAAUGAUGUAUCCAUUUGUGUUUAUAAUCGACAAGGGAAACUUCAUGAAAGAAUCAAACUACCAGGGCAAUGCACAGGUUUUGGAUGGGAUAGUGAUGGUGAUUUACUUGGAAUGAUCAGUGAUGGAUCCUUUAUGAUUAUGCUAUGGGACUCAAACACUGCUAAACGAUAUAGUAUUGAGACAGGGUUGAGAGAUACUCUUACUGUUAUUGCAUGGUCAAAGAAUGAACCUGUUGUUGCUGUUGGAAGUGCUAGAGGAAAUCUUUGCAUAUAUAACCAUAGAACUUCUAAGCGAAUCCCAGUUUUAGGAAAACAUUCUAGAAGAAUUGUUACUGCGUCGUGGGGAGUAACUGGGCUUUUGGCUCUUGGCUCUGAGGAUAAAACAGUCACUAUUAGUAAUAACCAAGGUGAUACCCUUCGGACUAUUCCCUUAAGAUCUGAACCUUCAUCGCUUCAAUUUGCUUCAAUAAAAAAUGAUGAUCGAUUAUCACCAGAUACCACAAUCAGUGUUAUUGUUGGAAGGAAGAUUCUUUUCAUAUAUAACCUCGAUGAUCCAGAUAAUCCAGUUGAAAUGGCAUUCCAAGGAAAUUAUGGAAACAUUGUAUCAUAUGAAUGGUAUGCUGAUGGUAAUAUUGUGGUGGGAUUUAGUGCUGGUUAUUUUAUAUCAAUAUCUACAAAACCAAGAGAAAUUGGUCAAGAACUAUAUCAAACUAAAAAUCAUCAUGGAAAACUUACUUAUUUGUGUAUAUCCUCUCCACUCUCCAAAAUGGCUACUUGUGGAGAUAACUCAGUCAAGAUCCAUGAAUUGAUGUCCCUAAGUGAGACAACUGCAGUUAUAACUAUGGCAGGAGAAGAAAUAGAAAGAAUUGCAUGGAGUGAAGAUGGACAGUUAUUAUGUGUAGCCACUGCCAGUGGGUCCAUAGCUGUGUUUGUUUCUAGAAUGCCACGUCUAGCAGCUUCUCAUGGAGACCUGACUGCUACGUUAACUUCUCUUUCACAAGUUACAAUUUCACUUGUUCAGGACUCUGGUAAAAAACUGGAAACUACUUUGAAAACAGAAGUGGAGCCAAGUGUCAUUGGUGUGGGACCUUAUCAUGCAAUUGUGGGCAUGAAUAAUCGUACAUGGGUUUAUGACCUGGCUGCUGGAGGUCUUCUCAAGACCUCUCCUGUAUUUUUAUGUGACAAACAGUAUCCAGCAAAUGUUGUCUCACUAUCACUGAACUCGGAAUAUACUUCUGCUCUUGCUGCUGGGAGACUAUAUCUUCAAUUUACAGAAAAAAUUGAUCGUACAGAGGGAGAAAGAGAUGAAGAAAAAGAAUCUCACACAUUUCCUGAAGCUGCAGAAACAUUUACUGUUACUUCUCAUGCACUUACUACUGAUUUCCUAAUUUAUUCUUCUGAUUUAGGGCACAUUCGUGUUUUUGGUUUAGAAGAUUGGACACAAUUAACUGAAUACAAGCAUGAUUCUGCUGUUCGGUCAUGUUAUCCUGACACUACUGGUACGAGGAUUGUCAUCAUUGAUGCCAAAAUGGACAGUUAUAUUUAUACUCCAAUGGAUAAUUGUCUAAAACCCAUUCCUGAUUUUUCUGAAUCUGCUAUUGGGGUUCUGUGGGAUCAAACUGAAAAGGAUAAAAAUGUUUUUAUUGUUUAUGAUGCUCAGACAAUUAGUACUUACAUAUACAUAAGAGAUGCAUUAGAUGGAACUGAAAUCAGAAAAUUGGGUGAAACAAAAUUAGGAAUUGAUCAAUAUCCUCUAGUACUGCACAACGGCCUAGUUAUAUUGCAUACGCCUGGUGGUAAACUGGCUAAUUUAGUUUUAUCUUCACAUGUUCCUUCAAUCCUUAAAUCUGGUGAUAAUUUGAAGACAAAUUUAGCCAAACAUAUAGCUCUUAACAGGUUUACUGAUGCAUUGUCCGUCUGCAUGAUAUUGAACAACAGAGAAGAUUAUAUUGCUCUAGCUGAGGCUGCUCUUAAGACUUUAGAUGUAGCAUUCGCUUUAAAAGUUUAUCGACAAAUUGGUGAUGUAGCUAUGGUCAUGACUCUUGAGAAUAUAUUGUAUGUAGAAAAUAAGAAGCUGCUUUGUGGGCAUAUUGCAGAAAUAUUGGGUGAUUUUGACAAAGCUGAGAAACUAUUCUUAGAAUCAAGUGAACCACUUAAUGCACUCAUAAUGCGCCAAAAUCUGCUACAAUGGGAUAGAGCUCUGAAGUUAGCCAGAACUCUUGCACCAGAAGAGGUUCCAUCCAUAUCUCUAGAACAUGCAACUCAGCUUGAAUUAAUUGGAGAUUAUGGAGAAGCAUUGGUUCAUUAUGAGCGGGCUAUGAGCGCAGUUGAGGAUGAAGAACACAAUUUACAUUGCAAAGAAGGAAUCUGUCGAACCUCUCUCCGACUUGGCGAUUUUCGAAGGGGUUUACUUAUUGCAAAUGAACCUGAAGCCUCAGAUAUCUUGAGGUUUCAAGCAGCUGUAAUUCUGGAAUCUGUCAAGAAAAUGAACGAGGCUGCUGUGUUGUAUGAUAAAUCUGGUAAUUUUGACAAAGCAGCUGCAGCAUAUAUCUCAUUGAAAAACUGGAAGAAAGUCGGAGAAUUGUUACCAAAGGUCUCCGAUCCUAAAAUCUAUCGUCAGUAUGCUAAAGCACAAGAGUCUGAUGGUGACUAUCUAGGAGCAGUGGAAUCUUAUGCUAAAAGUGCUGAUGUAGAGAAUGUGGUUAGACUAUGUGUUGAUAAACUAAAUCAGCCUCAGAAAGCAGUUAAUAUAGUGGAACAGACAAGGAAUAUUCAUGCUGCUAAAACUCUAGCCAGACAUUUUGAAAAAUUGGGAGACUUCAGUUCGGCCCUCAAGUUUUUGGUCAUUUCACGGUCAGAAAAUGAAGCCCUGCGUUUAUGCAAAGAAACAGGGCUAGUGGAACUUUAUGCAGCUCUUAUAACCCAGGAGUUAGGUGGCAGCGAAGAAGGGGAGAGGCAACUGUCUUCACUGGCAUUGCAUUUUGAACAGAGUGGAAAAUUGAUGCUGGCUGCCAAAUGUUAUUUUCAUGCUGCUCAAUUUAAUAAGGCAUUAAAAAAUUUAAUCCAAGUAGCUCGGGGAAACUCAGCUGAGGAAGAAGCAAUAAUCUUGGCCAUCGAAGUUGUAGCUGCAGCUAAUGAUGAUGUUAUGGCUAAUCAGCUUAUAGAACUGCUUCUUGGGGAAGUUGAUGGUGAACCUAGGGAUCCGAAAUUUGUGUUUCGGCUUUACCGAGCUCGUAAGCAAUAUAAAGAGGCUUCAAAAACUGCUGUAAUUAUAUCCAAUGAAGAAUUAGUGAAUGGUAACUACAGCCUUUCACAUCAAGUCCUGGUUGGAAUGUGCAUGGAGCUUCAUGACAAUGGCUUGCAAGUUACGUCUGAGUUAAGUUCUCUUCUGUCACUCGUCCACUCUUAUAGGCUUGUUCGUUUACACGUCAAGUUAUCAAACCAUCUUCUUGCAGCAAGGCUUCUUCUCAGAGUUGCUGACAAUAUUUCAAAAUUCCCUGCCCAUACAGUUCCCAUUUUGACAUCUACUGUUAUAGAAUGCCACCGCGCUGAACUUAAGCAUUCUGCUUUCACUUACGCUGCCAUGCUUAUGAAACAUGAAUAUAAAAAUAAGAUUGAGAAUAAGUAUUUAAAAAAGCUGGAAGGAGUUGUAAGAAAAGGUCGUGGAGCAGAUAUAAAUGAAGAAAGUUCCCCAUGCCCUCAUUGCAGUCAACCAGUCCCUGAGUUCAAACUAGCCUGUAACAAUUGUAACAAUUCUCUGCCAUUUUGUAUUGCUACAGGAAAGCACGUAUUAAAAGAAGACUUCACAGUUUGCCCCAAUUGUCAGUUUCCAGCUAUAAGAUCAGAAUUCAUUAGAUUGCUGGAAAUGGGAGAAAAAUGUCCACUUUGUUCGUCUGAAGUCACAUUGGAUGAAAUGAGAGUUCAUAUCUCUUUUGAUUCCUAUUAUGGAAAGGAUUAA